CUCUGCAGUGGUAGUAACAAAACCCAGACUCCCAGGUCUGGGCCAAUGGAGGCGAUUUAGACUAGAGCUGGACCGGGUCUGUCAAAAUCCCUACUCGGCAGCAGCGGUGGAGUCCAGAAGGAGUGCUGGUGCCGCAGAGCUGCCUCCCCGCCCCCGCCGGGAUUUAUUGAGUAUUUGGACUGGACAAUUAAGUGGCCCUGAUGAUGUUACCAAGCCCGGUCACCUCCACCCCUUUCUCAGUCAAAGACAUUUUGAACCUGGAGCAGCAGCAGCAGCAACAGCACUUCCACGGCGCUCACUUGCAAGCGGACUUGGAGCACCACUUCCACUCGGCACCCUGCAUGCUGGCCGCUGCCGAUGGGACGCAAUUUUCUGACGGAGGGGAAGACGACGAGGAGGAAGAGGGCGAGAAACUGUCCUAUUUGAACUCACUGGCCACAGCCGAUGGCCACGGGGAUUCGGGGCUCUGUCCCCAGAGCUAUGUCCACACAGUCCUGCGAGACUCGUGCAGCGGGCCUAAGGAACAUGAAGAGGAGUCCGAGGUCUUGAGGGACCGGAGCCAAAAAAGCUGCCCGCUGAAGAAGCCUCUGGAGGCGGCCGGAGACUGUAAGGUGGCAGAGGACAGCGAGAGGCCGAAGCCACGAAGCCGCCGGAAGCCCCGAGUUCUCUUCUCGCAAGCCCAGGUCUUCGAGCUGGAACGUAGGUUCAAGCAGCAGCGGUACCUGUCCGCACCUGAGCGCGAGCACCUCGCCAGUAGCCUGAAGCUCACGUCCACGCAGGUGAAGAUCUGGUUCCAGAAUCGCAGGUACAAGUGCAAGAGACAGCGGCAGGACAAGUCUCUGGAGCUCAGUGCGCACGCUCCCCCACCGCCGCCGCGUCGCGUGGCCGUGCCGGUGCUCGUGCGGGACGGCAAGCCGUGCGUCACGCCCGGCGCGCAAGCCUACGGUGCGCCCUACAGCGUGAGCGCGGGCGCCUACUCCUACAACAGCUUCCCCGCCUACGGCUAUGGGAACUCAGCCGCGGCGGCCGCCGCCGCGGCUGCUGCUGCCGCCGCCGCUGCGGCCUACAGCGGUAGCUACGGUUGUGCGUACCCGGCUGGCGGCGGCGGAGGGGGCGGGGGCGGUGGGGCCUCUGCGACGGCCGGGGCCAUGCAGCCCGCCUGCAGCGCGGCCGGAGGUGGCCCCUUUGUGAACAUGAGCAACUUGGGCGGCUUCGGCGGCGGUGGCGGCGCCCAGCCGUUGCACCAGGGUGCGGCGGCCGGGGCAGCUUGCACGCAGGGCACCUUGCAGGGAAUCCGGGCUUGGUAGGGCCACAGCCGUGGGCGCCCCACCGCAGCCUGGCGCAGCGGGACUGAAGCGCGAGAAAAGCUGGGUCCAAGGGCCAGGUCCACUCGUAAAAAAAUAAAAUAAACGUCUCGCUCAUCAGAGCCCGGGAGCGUAGAUCACACAAGGCCUGAGAAAGUGGACCCAAGGGCGAGGAGGAUGCCCUGGAUGGGUCGCGGAGACUGUCUCCGAGGCAGAAAGGCCAGAUAGGUGCCUGGGAGGACGAAAGGCCCCAACCUGGUCCUUAAGGGAGUGCGAGAGGCUGGGAAUCUGGCUGCCGUUUGUUUCUGCCAAAGCGAGAAGGCUUCUCUCCCUCGGCCUUCCCGUGGCCUCCUUGAAACGCGGGCGGAAACCCCAAGGCCAAAAAAGAAAAAUUGCAUGAAGGAGAGAAAAACGGGCGUCGUGGCUUGAGAAAUCCCCAGGCCCUAACCGACCCUCUGACCCCUUGCGGGCCCGGAGCGCCACAUUACAGUUGAUUUUCCUACCCCCCACCCCCCACCACAGCCUGCCCUCAGCAGCAGAAUCUUCGGCCGGAAUCUCCGCAUUGUCAGGGGGCGUAGAACUCUUCCAGAAAAACAGCGGAGCGAAAUCAAAAGUUGGGGGGCACUGAACAAAUCCAGCACCUGGUGGCCUGUGGGAGGUGUUACCAGGUUCCUUUCUGUUUCGUAUUCUGUAUUCAGCACAUAUAAUAUAUAUAACUGCAUCCACAUGCCAUGUACACACCCGCUGCCAUACACUACAGGAGUCAAUAAAUAAGGUGCAAUAUUUCCGAAC